UGUGAUAUAUAUUCUUUGAUUACAGUCACUUCAUUUGCUGGAAUUGGAGUUCUGGUGGUCAUAAUUUGCUACUUCUUGGGAUAUCUCUCAUUUACUAAAAUUAUUUGUCUUUGGAAAAAGCAAACUCUAACCUAUCAGAGUGGAGAGGCCUUUAUAAGGAAUCACGGUCCACUUGGUAUUAGAAGAUACAGUUAUUCAGAUAUAAAGAAAAUGACCAACACUUUCAAAUAUAAACUGGGGCAAGGGGGCUAUGGUGGUGUAUACAAGGGGAAGUUAAAAGAUGGUCGUUUUGUGGCCAUGAAAGUUUUGAAAGAAUCAAAAGGUAAUGGAGAGGAAUUCCUAAACGAGGUUGCAAGCAUUAGUAGAACCUCUCAUGUUAACAUUGUCACUCUUAUGGGCUUUUCCUUUGAAUAUUCUAAUAAAGCUCUGAUCUAUGAGUUUAUGCCAAAUGGAUCUCUUGAAAAGUUCAUAUAUAAAGAUUUUUCCACAAAUGUUGAUCGUCAAUUAGCAUGGGAAACAUCAUACAAGAUUGCAGUUGGUAUUGCUCGGGGAUUAGAAUACUUGCAUAGAGGUUGCAAUACACGAAUCUUGCAUUUUGAUAUAAAGCCUCACAACAUUCUUUUGGAUGAAAACUUUUGCCCAAAGAUUUCUGAUUUUGGCCUUGCAAAAAUAUGCUCUAGAGAAGACAACAUCAUAUCAAUGGUGGGAGCAAGAGGGACUAUAGGAUAUAUAGCUCCAGAACUAUUUUGUAGAAAUUUUGGAGGGGUCUCUCACAAGUUAGAUGUCUACAGUUAUGGAAUGAUGGUUUUAGAAAUGAUUGGGGGAAGAAAGAAUAUUGAUGUUAGCGUUGAUCGUACUAGUGAAAUAUAUUUUCCACACUGGAUUUACAAACGUCUUGAACUAGAUGAAGAACUGGGAUUGCAAGGCCUCAUUAACAAAGAGGAUGAAGAAAGUGCAAGGAAGAUGAUAAUAGUGAGUUUGUGGUGCAUACAGACUGAUCCCUCAGACCGACCAUCAAUGAGUAAAGUGGUGGAUAUGUUGGAAGGAAGCCUUGAUUUCUUGCAAAUGCCUCCCAAGCCUUUCUUGUCUUCCCCACCAAGAACUCCAGUAGAUUCUUCAACUGCAACGAUUUUGUUAUGAUAUGUCUCUAUUUUGUCCAAAAAUGCAUUUCUUCUUUUGAAGGAAACCUAAUGAAACAUUGCUAGUGAAGAUCUUUGUGAAUAAUUUUUAUUUUGAGCUUAUAGAUGAAGAGCCUUUAAUGAUUGUUUAAAAUAUGAAUAUUUGGCAUGGUGGCUUUUA